ACAAGGUUCUAGACUGGGUCCUGGGACGAGCCAAUAAUAUCAGUGGUGCUAAUGAUAACGCUAGUAAGACCCAACGCUAUCCACUAUUUAACAGCGUGUGUCAUCAUUAGGGUAAUACUAGCUGACGCGACAGCAAAACUCUGAAAUCUCAGAGGCUUAACAGGAGUUUGUUUCUCAUUCAUGAAAAGUCCUGUUGGGUGUUUGGCUUUCCCCGUGGUGUUUGGCUUUCUCCGUGGUGACCCACAGACCCAGACCCUUCCAGCACGUGGCUCUGGCAUCCCCUAGGGCCUCAGCACGAUUGCCUUCCCUUUGGUGGACGAGGAAGGAGACAAGCAUUUCCUCAUGAGAGAUACUUCAUGGGCCAGGUCUGCGUUCUUUUUAUCUUAAUUCUCCUGGCCGGAAUGUGAUCACAUGGCCGUAGCUGACGGCAAGGGAGUCCCAUUUCCGGAGAAGAAUCGGAAAUGCGUUUUGCUCAACACACGGAAGCGUCUGCCACACCGUAUCCAAGCGCACAGCUAAGCGUGGAUCACCUCAUUGAAGCGUCAUGAUAGAAGCAGGUGCCAUUAUCACCCCAUUUUACAGAUAAGGAAACUGAGGCUCAGAGAGGCAAAGUCCCUGCUCAGCUCGCACAGCUGGCGGGGAGGCAUAGCCCAGAUUGGAGUUGGAUGCCGAAGCUAUAACAUCCAGACUUUUCCUAUGAGGAAUUCAUUGUUUUGAGAAUUGGAAGCUGUGGACAUUGGAGAAUGACACGUACACACAGGAUUUAGAUGUGAUUUCUUGGGAUCUAGAGAACCCAGUCAGACUCUAGGGGGAGAACUCUGGGCAGAGGCAACCUCCAGUGCCCAGGGUUCUGGCAUCCUGCUCCCUUCUCCUUAUCCCUUAGGGCACUGGCUAGGGAGAAGGCACAGAAUAAUUCGGUUCAGUUCAUCAAGCACAUCUGGGGCCCCCUCUCUGCCAAGCCGGGCAAGCAGGGUCAGAGAUCCUGGCCUAGGGGUGUCUGUGGCCUGCCCCCUGCUCUGGUUCUGGGUGUGCAGCCUCUGGAGGGGAUUUCUGGAGGGUGUCUGGAGGUAGGAAAACGGGAGUCCCAGAGUUUGGUAGCGACAGCUCUCUGCCCCUGGCCAAGUUCACUUUUGCCUAAAUUUGGCCUUCGUUGCCACAGCAACUCGGUGGCACUUAUCUUUUGGCCUGGCGUGCCCUGUUUCCUGGUUUUCCAUUUGCAGAACGGAUCUCCUAGUUGAGGGCGAGGGGUCCAGCCUGACUGAUGUGCAUUUCUGCAGUACCUGCUGCAUUCCUGGGUCUGACCUAGACACAGGGGUAGAGUCUUCCAGGGAAAAUGCCUGGCCUUUGGGCACUUCUUGGGAGGCUGCCUGGGCCAAGUGGCAUGAGCUUUGGGCUUCCCACUUCCCUGUGGCGGGUCACUUUGAACAGGUAAGAGCCCUAAGUUCUCUAAGCCUUGGUUUUCUCAUCGGGAAAUGGGUUGAGUUGAGGAUUUAAUGAGAUAAUGCGAAUAUGACUCCUGUGGGACAUGGCAUGUAGAGCAGAGGGCACCCUGAGGUGGAGGGGCCCAUAGGUAGCAGGAGUGAUGCUCAUGCAAACAGGACCCACCACUGCCAUCUCCUUGCUGGCUACGUGCCCGAUGUGGUUCUAACCUCCUUCUACUUUUCAACCCACCCGAUCCUCAGUGACUCUGCGUGGUAGGUCUUUCAGUCCCGUUUUAGAGAUGAGGAAACUGAGGUUCAGAGAGGUACCUUGUCCAAGGUCAUACUGCCAACGAGGGGCAGAGCUGGGACUCCCAUGUGACCCCAGAUCUGCUGCUCAGUCCGGAGUUUUGGGCCUAACUGCAGCAGGCGGCUUCCUUGCCACAGGGCAGGAACCGUGGGAGGUGGUGGGUGGACCUCUGGCCGUGGGGCACAGGGACUGUACAUUUGGGAUUUUCAAAGGAAUGAAAUCGACAUUUAUCAAAUACUUAGUAUGAGCCGGAGUCACACACUCUUUGUGCACACCCCAGUUUUUUGUUUAAAUUCCCAGACAACUCCAUGAGAUCGAUGCCGAGAUUAUCUGCAUCUUACAAGAGGACAGUGAGGCUCAGAGAGGCAAAGUUCCUUUCCCAGAGGCACACAGCCUGUGUGGGGGGUGGGGGGGCGGGGGGAGGAGAGGGGAGUGGAGGCAAAGGGGUGUGGGCGAUUCCACAGCCUGCGAUCUUUGCCCCGAACCCGAUGUGGGAAAACGUCAUCCCAGCACCCUUUGAAUACAUUCUUAGCAAGUCACGUGAUCCCCAUCUGGGUCAGCAAAGGAGGUCUCAAAAGACUAGCCUUUCCCGCCUCCUGAUGCUGACCCCGCCCCCUAGCCUUGGAGGGCUCUAGGACCCAGCAGCUGGGGAGGGUGGACUGUGUGUGUGUGUGUGUGUGUGUGUGUGUGUGUGUGUGUGUGUGUGUGUGUUGAGGGGACCCCCUCAUCUUCAGGUCCCUCCUCCUCCCUCUCUCCAGCCUUUCCCUUUCUCCCCCACCUCUUCCCCCUUUCCUCCCCUCCCCUUCUUCAUCCCUCCCCUUUCUUCCCUCCCCUCUUCUCCUUCCCCAGCCCCUCCCCCUCCCUCACCCCUCCCACCUCGGUGGUCACAUGGGGGGCACCGCCGGAUUUAAGCCUAAUCUGCCCUGUGCUCAGCACAGCGGUCUGGCUGUGGGGUGGGAGAGCUGAGCUAGUCUCUGGGGCCCUGGAGAAGGGCCUGGAGGGGGGUGCCCACAGCUGCCCCCUCCAUGAGCUUGGGGCUGGAGGAAUCGGUGGAGGCCCAGCUGGCACUGGAGACGGUUAUCCAGACCCUGGAGAGCAGCGUCCUGAGGGCAGGCCGGGAGAAGGGCCUGAGCGAGCAGGACCCUGCCCAGGACUCUCAGCUCGCCUGCCUACCUGCCCGCAUCAGGGAGAUCAUCACCCGCAACCUCUCCCAGCCUGAGAACCAAGCCCCGCUGCCGGCCGCGGAGAUGGCAUCAGUGCUGUCGCUGCAGGAGGAAAACCAGCUGCUGCAGCAGGAACUGUCCCGCGUGGAGGACCUGCUGGCCCAGAGCCGGGCGGAGCGUGACGAGCUGGCCAUCAAGUACAACGCGGUCAGCGAGAGGACCCUGCAGUACAAGAAGAAGUGCUCGGAGCUGGAGCAACAGCUUCUAGAGAGAUCUACAGAGCUGGAGCGGCAGCGGCUGAGGGACACAGAGCACAGCCAUGACCUGGAGAGCGCCCUCAUCCGCCUAGAGGAGGAGCAGCAGAGGAGUUCCAGCCUGGCCCAGGUGAACUCCAUGCUCCGAGAGCAGCUGGACCAGGCGAACUCGGCCAACCAGGCUCUGAGUGAGGACAUCCGCAAGGUGACUUCUGACUGGACACGCAGCCGUAAGGAGCUGGAGCAGCGGGAGGCGGCGUGGAGGCGUGAGGAGGAGUCCUUCAACACCUACAUCAGCAACGAGCACAGCCGCCUGCUCCUCCUCUGGAGGCAGGUUGUGGGGCUCCGUCGGCUGGUCAGCGAGGUGAAGAUGUCCACCGAGAGGGACCUGCUGCAGCUGGGAGGGGAGCUGGCCCGGACCUCAAGGGCCAUCCAGGAGGCGGACCUGGGGCUGAGCGCAGGCCUGCAGCUGGCCGAGAGCCGGGCAGAGGCGGCCCUGGAGAAGCAGACACUGCUACAGGCCCAGCUGGAGGAGCAGCUGCGGGACAAGGUGCUCCAGGAGAAGGACCUGGCCCAGCUGCAGGUGCAGAGCAACCUGGACAAGGCCAACCUCAGUGCCAGAGUGACAGAGCUGGCCCUGACAGUGGAGCGCCUUCAGAACCAGAAUCUGGAGAAGGAUCGGGUCAACAAGGCCCUUACUGAGAAGCUUGAGGCCCUGGAAUCCCUGCGGCUCCAGGAGCAGGCGGCCCUGGAGACAGAGGACGGAGAGGGGCUGCAGCAGACCCUGAGAGACCUGGCACAGGCCGUCCUGUCGGACAUGGAGAGCGGUGUCCAGCUAAGCGGCUCUGAGCGCACGGGGGACGCGUCGGACGGCAGCCUGCGGGGGCUCUCGGGCCCCCGGACCCCCUCCCCGCCGCGACGCUCCUCGCCCGGCCGCGGCCGAUCCCCGCGCCGAGGCCCAUCCCCGGCCUGCUCCGACUCCUCCACGCUCGCCCUGAUCCACUCGGCCCUGCACAAGCGCCAGCUGCAGGUCCAGGACAUGCGUGGGCGCUAUGAGGCCAGCCAGGACCUCCUGGGCACCCUGCGGAAGCAGCUUAGUGACAGCGAGGGUGAGCGCCGCAGCCUAGAGGAACAGCUGCAGCGUCUUCGGGACAAGACCAACGGGGCCACCCAGGCUCAUGAGGAUGCCCAGCGUGAGGCCCAGCGUCUGCGGGGCACCAUUGACCUUCUGAACAGGGAGAAGGACAGCCUGGCCCGCAGCCUGCAGGCGGCCCAGCAGCAGGCCGAGGAGCUACGGCAGGAGCGAGAGAAGCUGCAGGCGGCUCAGGAGGAGCUGCGGCGCCAGCGGGACCGGCUGGAGGAAGAGCGGGAGGACACGGCGCGGGACAGCGAGCGGACUCGCAGGGAGCUCGAGCGCAGCCACAGACAGCUAGAGCAGCUGGAAAUGAAGCGCUCAGGGCUGGCGAAGGAGCUGGUGGAGGUGAGGGAGGCGCUGAGCUGUGCCACGCUGCAGAGGGACAUGCUACAGGCUGAGAAGGCCGAGGUGGCUGAGGCGCUGACCAAGGCUGAGGCCGGCCGCGUGGAGCUCGAACUCUCAAUGACCAAGCUGAGGGUCGAGGAGGCCUCUCUGCGGGACUCCUUGUCCAAGCUGAGCGCCCUCAACGAGAGCCUCGCCCAGGACAAGCUGGGUCUGAACCGCCUCGUCGCCCAGCUGGAAGAGGAAAAGGCGGCCCUGCUGGGCCGGCAACGGCAGGUGGAGCAGGAGGCCUGCUUGGCACGGGAGGCGCAGGAACGGCUGGAGCACCUACGGUUGGAGCAGGAGGUGGAACAGCAGGGCCUGGAGGGCUCCCUGCGGGUGGCCGAGCAGGCCCGGGAGGCCCUGGAGCACCAGCUCCCCACGUUGCACCAGGAGCGCUGCCGGCUGCAGGAGCAGCUGGCCCAGCUCUCCCGGCAGCUGAGCGGGCGCGAGCAGGAGCUGGAACAGGCACGGAGGGAGACGCAGCGGCAGGUGGAGGCGCUGGAGCGGGCAGCCCGGGAGAAGGAGGCUCUGGCCAAAGAGCGGGCCGGCCUGGCGGUGCAGCUGGCCGCAGCUGAGCGAGAAAGCCGGACCCUGUCGGAGGAGGCCACACGCUUGCGCCUGGAGAAGGAAGCCCUGGAGAGUAGCCUGUUUGAGGUGCAGCGGCAGUUGGCGCAGCUCGAGGCCCGCCGGGAGCAGCUGGAAGCCGACGGGCAGGCCCUGCUGCUGGCCAAGGAGACCCUGACUGGGGAGCUGGUGGGCCUACGGCAACAGAUGACAACUACAGAGGAGAAGGUGGCUCUGGACAAGGAGCUGAUGGCCCAGAAGCUGGUGCAGGCUGAGCGGGAGGCCCAGGCCUCUCUGCGGGAGCAGCGGGCCGCCCAUGAGGAGGACUUGCAACGACUCCAGCGAGAGAAGGAGGCAGCGUGGCGGGAGCUGGAGGCCGAGCGGGCCCAGCUGCAGGGUCAGAUGCACCGGGAGCGAGAGGAGCUGUUGGCACGGCUGGAGGCAGAGAAGGAAGAGCUGAGCGAGGAGAUCGCCGCCCUGCAGCAGGAGCGUGAUGAGGGCCUCCUCCUGGCCGAGAGCGAGAAGCAGCAGGCCCUGUCCCUGAAGGAAUCCGAGAAGACGGCGCUGUCGGAGAAGCUGAUGGGUACACAGCACAGCCUGGCCGCCGUCUCCCUGGAUUUGGAGCGGCACAAGAGAGACGCCCAGAGCCGGCAGGAGCAGGACCGGAGCACUGUGAACGCACUGACGUCCGAGCUGCGGGACCUACGGGCCCAGCUUGAGGAGGCUGCUGCAGCCCACGCCCAGGAGGCCAAGAGGCUGCAAGAACAGGCCCGAAACCUGGACAGGCAGCGGGAGUCCUCCAUGCGCGAGGCAGAAGAGCUUCGGACGCAGCUGCGCCUGCUGGAGGACGCCCGUGACGGGUUGCGGCGGGAGCUGCUGGAGGCCCAGCGCAAGGUGCGCGACAGUCAGGAUGGCCGUGAGGCCCAGCGCCAGGAGGCCAGCGAGCUGCGGCGCAGCCUGGGUGAGGGCGUCAAGGAGCGCGAGGCCCUGCGGCGUUCCAACGAGGAGCUGCGGGCGGCCGUGAAGAAGGCUGAGAGCGAACGGAUCAGCUUGAAGCUUGCCAAUGAGGACAGGGAGCAGAAGCUGGUGCUCCUCACGGAGGCACGGGUGGCCGCGGGCAGGGAGGCCGAGGAGCUGCGGGCCGGACUGCAGGACGUGGAGCGCUCGCGGCUGGAGGCCCGCCGGGAACUUCAGGAGCUCCGGCGGCAGAUGAAGGUGCUGGACGGUGAGAACACCAGGCUGGGCCGGGAGCUGGUGGAGCUGCAGGGCCGCCUGGCCCUGGGCGAGCGGGCAGAAAAGGAGGGCCGGCGGGAGGCCCUGGGCCUCCGACAGAAGCUGCUGAAGGGCGAGGCCAGCCUGGAGGCCAUUCGGCAGGAGCUCCAGGGAGCCCAGAGGAAGCUGCAGGAACAAGAGGGCGAGUUCAGGGCCCGCGAGCGAGGCCUGCUGGCCUCCCUGGAGGAGGCACGAGGCGCCGAGAAGCUGCAGCUGGACCACGCCCGCAGCUUGGAGCUGAGGCUGGAGGCGGUGCGGGCCGAAGCCGCGGAGUUGGGGCUGCGGCUGAGCGCGGCCGAGGGCCGGGCGCAAGGGCUGGAGGCCGAGCUGGCCCGCGUGGAGGCGCAGCGGCGCGCAGCCGAGACCCAGCUGGGCGGCCUGCGCUCAGCUCUGCGUCGGGGCCUGGGCCUCGGGCGCACUCCCAGCCCGGCCCCGCUGCCCUCGCCGGGCUCGCCGGCCCGGGGCGCGCCCGCUGGAGGAAGCGGCGAAGGGCUCAGCAGCCCCAGCCCCUUGGAACGCAGCCCUGGGUCCGAGCCACCAUCCCCAGGACCUGCCACCUCCCCGGCAUCCCCAGACCUGGACCCGGAGGCGGUACGGGGGGCCCUCCGGGAGUUCCUGCAGGAGCUGCGGAGUGCCCAGAGGCAGCGGGAUGAGCUUCAGGCCCAGACCGGUGUCCUGAGUCGACAGCUGGCUGAGAUGGAGGCUGAGAGGGACAGUGCCACCUCACGGGCGAGGCAGCUGCAGAAGGCUGUGGCCGACGGUGCAGAAGCCCGACGCCGUGUGGACGGGCGGCUGAGCGGGGCCCAGGCAGAGCUGGUGCUGCAGGAGGAGAAUGUGCGGCGCAGCGAGCGGGAGCGCCGGGCCGCCCUGGACCAGGUGGCCGCCCUGGAGAGGAGCCUGCAGGCCACCGAGAGUGAGCUCCGGGCCAGCCAGGAGAAGCUCAGCAAGAUGAAGGCCAAUGAGGUGAAGCUGGAGAGUGACAAGCGGCGUCUGAAGGAGGUGUUGGAUGCCUCUGAGAGCCGCACCAUCAAGCUUGAGCUGCAGCGGCGCUCGCUCGAGGGGGAACUGCAGCGCAGCCGCCUGGGCCUCAGUGACCGUGAGGCCCAGGCCCAGGCCCUCCAGGAUCGGGUGGACUCCCUGCAGAGACAGGUGGCAGACAGUGAGGUGAAGGCGGGGACUCUGCAGCUGACAGUGGAGCGGCUGAACGGGGCCCUGGCCAAGAUGGAAGAGAGCGAGGGGGCCUUGCGGGACAAGGCGCAGGGCCUGUCAGAAGCACUGGCCCAGAGUAGCGCCAACCUUACCAGCACCCAGGACAAGAAUCUGCACCUGCAGAAGGCCCUGACCGCUUGUGAACAUGACCGCCAAGUUCUCCAAGAACGGCUGGAGGCCGCUCGGCAGACGUUAUCGGAGGCCCGGAAGCAGAGCGGCUCCCUGAGUGAGCAGGUGCAGACGAUGCGAGGCGAGCUGGCGGACCUGGAAGUGCAGCGGGCAGAGGCAGAGGGCCAGCUGCAACAGCUUCAGGAGGUGCUGCGGCAGCGACAGGAGGGGGAGGCAGCGGCCCUGAACGCGGUCCAGAAGCUGCAGGAGGAGCGGCGGCUGCUCCAGGAGCGCCUGGACGGCCUGCAGCGAGCCCUCGCUCAGCUGGAGGCCGAGAAGCGGGAGGUGGAGCGGUCAGCGCUGCGGCUGGAGAAGGACCGGGUGGCCCUCAAGAGGAUGCUGGACAAGGUGGAGCGCGAGAAGCUUCGCAGCCAUGAGGACACGGUGCGGCUGAGCGCCGAGAAGGGCCGCCUGGACCGCACGCUCACGGGGGCCGAGCUGGAGCUGGCUGAGGCCCAGAGGCAGAUCCAGCUGCUGGAGGCCCAGGUGGUGGCACUGGAGCAGGACCAGAGCCCGGCCCGGCUGGAGGCCGCGGAGCAGCAGCAGCGGGAGGUAGAGCGGGAGGUGGAGCGCCUGCGCAGUGCCCAGGUGCAGACAGCGCGCACCCUGGAGGCUCGGGAGCGGGCCCACCGGCAGCGCGUGCGCGGUUUGGAAGAGCAGGUGCUCAGGCCUGGCCGGGUUCUGGCCCUGCCCCAGGAUAUUGCAGAAGCGCCCUCGGGGGGAGGAGCGGGAGAGGGCUGGCUGUGACCUCGGGUGUGAGCAGUCGGCGGCACCUAGGACCGAAGUGGUCCAGGGGAUCUGUGCUGGUCUCCAUCAUGGCUGGACACGGGCUCAAGUGAUGUCACUGGAACUCCGUCCCCGUGCUGUGGCUCUACUGUCCUCAUUGUUGUCUCCUGGGUGGCACACGUGGCCUCAGCAGCCCCAGCCUAGGUUAUCCCGACAAGCUACCAUCCCGGAGGAAAGAGGGGGCCUUUUUCCUUAGGGCAACAGCACAAGUCCCAGGGAUGACCCUUCCUGGCCUGCUUAGUCCCUGACUCCUUCCCAGCCAUCCCUGAUCUGACGUGUGCAGGACAAGGCUGCUUGGGUAGGGCCAGGCCUGGGUCACAGGCACCCCUGGUGGGGCUGGUGCCAGGCCUGCCUAAGUGAUGAGAGUGGGGACGGGUGGCUCCUGACAAGAUGCCAAGGAGCAGUCAGCAGCUGCCACGUGGGUCGGGACGGAAGGGGUAGGAAGCACCCUGGUGUUUAAUGAGACCCAUUUUUUCCUGAAGCGGGCAGGAUUGGGUCCGUUCUGGGGUCCCAGCUGCAGCCACAUGCCCCUUUCUCUGGCAUCAGGCUGGGGACCAGGCUGGCCCUACUUUCUCUUUCUUCCCAGGUGUCCACACUGAAGGGACAGUUGCAGCAGGAGCUCCGGAGGAGCUCAGCAUCCUUCCCCCAAACCUCCGGCCCCCCAGGGGAAUGAGCCCCUUCCUGGGUGGCCCCCUGGCCCAGAGCUCGGCUCAGGGUAGGGAGGAGCCAGGUGGCCGUGCUGGAUGCCAGGGACUCUGGUGGCAGCUUCUUAGCGGCAUCUGGGGCCCCACCUCAGUCCAGUCCCCACCCCUGGGAUGAGCAUCCAGGUCACCUGAGUGUCUGAGCCAAAGCCAGGGGGUCAGGGAGACCCCUUUGCCCCUGGCUGGCCCUAGAGCAUGGGCUCAUGGGAAAGAGGAGCGGUGCCUGGGAGUCAGAGACCCAGACCCUCCCCUGGCUUCCCGGAGAUCUCUCCGCCUUAGUUCAGAGUGUUUGUCGGGAAAUUCCUCAGAGUCCCUGUAUUUUUAUACCUUUUUACAAUGUUAACUGUUCAGAACUGUUGUUUUUUUGUAACAAAAGACCCCGUUUUCUAAAAAUGGUUUGUA